UACCAAACUGCAUUUUCACCUCAGUCAUCGUCUAGCCGAGAAAACUGAACCAUAAGCAUCGAUUGUUCGAUACUAUCGGCGAAACCUUAAUAGCUAGAGCGAGUUAGAAAUGGCGUCUGGGUGGGGGAUCACAGGAAACAAAGGCAGAUGCUACGAUUUCUGGAUUGACUUUAGCGAAUGCAUGUCUCGUUGCAGGGAGCCUAAGGACUGCGCUCUCCUCCGCGAAGACUACCUUGAGUGCCUUCAUCACUCUAAAGAGUUUCAACGAAGAAAUCGCAUUUACAAGGAGGAGCAGCGUAAACUACGAGCAGCAAAGCGAAAGGCCGAGGGUGGAGACAAUGUUGUUAAUCAUCAUGCCUAGCAAUAAUUGAUCAUCUGUUGAACUUCAAGUAAUAAAGAAUGUGCGGAGAUGUUGUAUUUUUCAUGCAUCUGAAAUUCUAACUUUGUUCAAGUAAUUUUGUUUUUGUUUAUUCUAGAAUGGAGAUGGGUUGUUUUGAUUUGAAAAAUAACAUGAAAUGCAGUACUUCAUGACACUGAUUUGCCAGUUAAAUAGAUACGGUACUUGAGCAAAAUGGGUUUCAAACACAAAAA